AUGGCAGUGUCUGAUCAAGGAAAAGUGGCUGUGCUGAAAAAACAUGAAAAUUGCAUUGAGAUAUAUGGGAGAGGAGAAACGGACAACCCCGAGCAACAAUGGAUGGCUAGAAGGCUUUACAGGGGUCUUUUUGUUCCUUACGAUGUUUGUUUUGCGCCAAAUAACCAUCUUGUUGUUUCAGACAUAGGCGAUAACGCCAUCAAGAUUUUCAAUUUAGAGCGGGACGCGAAACAAGUAAGUCAUAUGAUCAUUGGCCAAGACCCUUACCGUCAUUUGAUUGUACAGGAUAUAAAUGGUAUGAACAUGGAAUUAUCUACAAGAGUACUUUGGGGUCUCAGCAUUCGAAUCCCCCAAAAUGUUGUCGUAGGCCCUGCACCACUAUCGCAGCUGUUUGUAACAUGUGGUACGGAUAUUGUUCUCAUUAAUAUGAACUGGAAUAAGAUGAGCCUGGUAGGUUGCUCUCAAAUCUGUUCUCCUAUGGACUGGCACUUUGUGCAGUCGGGUAAAAGUUUAAUGUGUGACAAUGUAAGCACAAUUCAAGAUCACAAGGAUAACCAUAAGGUUGGAGGCUUCAAUCCACUUGUUAUUACUAAAGCUCAGUUCUGUGGCAUGUUCUAUCAUGUCACAGAGGCGAACCAUGCUGAAUUCAUGUGUCUUGACAGAUUGGAGUGCAAGAUUGGAAAGCGAGGAGAUAAGAAAAAAUUUGCUGAGACAGUUGUCAUUUAUGUGAGAGUAACGGAUAAAAAUGGGCGAUUGAUAUUUCAUGCAAGAUACGGAAACUGUUACGAAGGUCCGAAUUCAAACACAGCCCAUGCUGAGUAUUUUAUGCUGGUUGAUGAAGAGUUCAGACAAGCUGUCAAGUUCCUAAGAGAUCGUAUAGGAGGAAAUAUUACCAUGUAUAUGAACAAACAACCUUGCAGCAGGUCAACAAGCCAUGGUAGGAAAACAGCACUCAAGGUGAAAGACUGUACAAAGGAAUUGAUUAACUUCUUUCAUGUUUAUUGCUCGACUGGCAGUAUAAAAUUGCAGAUCUAUCUAUGCCAGUUGUACAAAGUCGACAUGGACGUACCACAUGAAAUUUCUCUUGCACAAGACAUUAUAAACGCUCAACUGGGACUGAAAACCUUGCUUUCUUCUGGUAUUGAAGUUAUUGCUAUGUCACAAGAAAGUUGGACGAAACUUGCUGAAUUUGCCGACAUUGAAUUACCAGAAUACCAAGAGAGCGCACGACAAAAGCUAGACAAACAUAUCGACAACCUCCUUUCUAAAAUGAAGAGAAUACAGACUGCCACACUGCUGUACAGGUUUGCAAACGGUCAGAAUAUUUUUUAGUUCGAUAUACGAGUGGCACUGAACUGAACUAUAAUUUCCCUCUUUUUAUAGUUAGUGAGAAAUAUGUACCCAAUGGGGCUAUGUAUGCAAACGAUUUAAAGUUAGGAAAGGAAACUUUGAUAUCAGAGUACAUCAGAAACAUACAUAAAGGCUGGGGCUAGACAAAGUCCCUUUUUUAUAAGCUUUGUAUAGUCAAGAUUCAAGUCAAUGAAAACCGAAUCAUCCACAUGUUCUUCAAUGAAGCAGUUUGCUAACAAGAGAACGGUGUUCCCAUGCUAGUGAUGGGCGAUCGAAAGUUUCCGUAAUAAUUGCCGUGCAGAAUCAAGUAGGAGAGGAAUUUUUGUGAUUUGAGGUAUUCCACGUGUGUUUCAUAAAAAGUGAAAAAGUUGAAAUGAAAAUAACGCCAAACUCUGAAGUGUUAAUUCUCUUAAACUCAUACAAUUUCUAUAUUUUUCCACCGCUUCAUUCAAUCUUGGCGAACCUGAAAGUCAGUAAAAAGCUUAAUUCGGUUUCCGGGUGUUCAUUGGAAGUGCUUUUGGUAUUUGUUGUGUCCUGUCAUAACAAAUCUUUCAUUGAGAAUGAUGUUGUUUUAUAGCCCAUACUACUGUUACGCUAAAUAAACAAAACCUAACAAGCCACAUGUGUGUCACUGAAAUUAUUUUUGGAAAAUAGGUCACCGCCGGUUUUCCCGGAAAAGAAGCUUUUCUGGGAGUUAUGACAUAAUCAUGUCAGUAUAUUUAACCGAAUGUCAAAGGAAAGGGUUCAGUACUGUUUUUUUCUGUUCUGUGCCCCACAUCGUUUCAGGAGUUUCGAACCAGCUGUCGCUGUAAUGUGAGUGAUUUCUCAAACCAUAUUCUGAAUACAAGUCCUUUUUUGAUUACCACAUAUUGA